UGCAGAAGCAGAAGUCCCGCGUGCAGUUGUCGUGUGCUGCUGUUAAUCAGUUUUACUUUAUAAUCAUUACAGUUCGUAGCAUUAUUAAGAUCCAUGGAUUUUUAAACAAAGGUGAAUAAAAAGUUAUUACAGUUAGGUGAAAUUUGUGUAACCGGAUUACCUAUGUAAGUUUUCUCAGCUGGAUUUUUACCUCAAGUUUCAUAUAUAUCCGUUUUUAAACAACGGGAUCUAAAGAGUCUAAUCAGAACAUUAGUAGUAUAUAUUGUACACUUUCACGUUGAGAAGAGUUCAAAGAGUUCUACAUCGACAAAAAUACAUAUGAUGAAGAGACAUUUUAAAACUGUUGUGGUUUCCGGAUGGAUUGUACCACACAGUGGAUCGUAAGGAUGGUACUCUUUGUGAAAUGUGAUUCUAAUAUUGUCAGCUUGAACAUUAACCUUAUGGAACGCAAUAAAAUAUGGCCAGAAUUGGAUUUUAUUUAAAGAUCCUGGAAUUCCUUGAGAUACUUCUUUUGCUACCACUCAUAAUUAAAGUUACCAGUUAUUCAUACAAGCGCAUGACCGCUGAACCAGCAUUUGUGAACACACCAAGAAACGUUACCGUCCAUAUGAAUGAAUUAGCACAACUCCAGUGCAGAAUCAAAAACUUAGGUCCGAAACAGGUGGCUUGGAGAAAAGUAUCCAUAGAUUGGCCAUUGACUGUUGGUAUUAAGACAUUUGAUCCUAAGGAAGAUAUAAGUGUUAGCUUCAAGGAUCUUAAAAAGCAAGAAGAGGGAUUGACACAAUGGGACUUAAUAAUAAAACAUGCUAAGCCUAGACAUACGGGAAUGUAUGAGUGUCAGAUUAGUGCAAAAAAUCUUUAUACGCACUAUGUUUACCUUAAAGUGAUAGACACGCCGUUAGUUGUCAAUCCAGCAAUAGCUAUGUAUGGUACUAAAUUUAUCAAUCUCCAUGAACCUAUCAAAUUAGUAUGCAAUGCAACGGGUGGUACUCGAGCGCCGUCGCUCAUAGACUGGUUCUUUAAUGGUCACAUGAUACGUGGACGAGAUCCAAGAUGGAAAUCGAGAUUACGUAUAAAUGAUUAUGUGCCUGACGUACCUGGCAGAAUGCUUGUUAGUGAAUUGACUAUAGACUAUAGUAUAUUUGAGGAUAAAGGCAAAUAUGUUUGCCGUAGUUUCGCAAUGAACAAUUUUUACACCACAAGCUUGGAUAUAUCAGUUCUAAAUACAGAGAAAGAACAUGGAAAGAGAGCAGAUACAAAGAAAUAUUCAUCGACAACGGACGAAAAUCCGAACUCUGGAUAUUCAGCUAAUCCAACUACAAGUUUACUUGCUCUGACUUUCGUUAUGUUGUUUAUAUUACUAAGGUAAUAUGGUUAAUAUUUGAUUUUUGAUGCUGCAAUAUUGUUAUCACAAUUGUAAUGCAAUGAGAAGUAGAAGGUUUAAUUGACUUGUGAUUUAUUUUAAAUAUGGAUGGUCAGUAAGAAUGGCUAUUGAACUAAGAUAAGAGGGACACAAAAUGUGGAAGUAGCUUGUGAAAAGGAUACACAUCCUUUAAAGAGAAAUGAUGUUAAAUGUUAUGGUUGUGUUCAUAUUUGUGUUUGUUAUAUUUUAUUUGUUUCUCGCUGGAUUAUGACUGAAUAUGAUUCAUGUAUAUGUUUUGUCAGCUAUCUGUUUUGUUAGAAGAUUAAAAAAUUUAAAGAAAUUCAAAAAAUCACAUAACUAUUUUUAUGUUAAUUAAAUAGCACUUUUAUAUCAGAUGAUUUUUUUUAAGUUAUGCUGAAGAUUUCCUUUUUUUUUGUUCAGUUUGAACAAAAGCUGAGUUGUUUUACCCAUUUCGCACUUGUAAUAGAAUAUAGAUUGAACUGAAAAGCUAUUCAUGAAUUAUGAAAAUAACUUUCGAUCAUAAAACCCAGCUUUACGGGUGUUAUAUUUAUAUUAUAUGGUCAUACCUCUUUAUAUAUAUUUGAAAUUGACCAUUUGUACAUUUAGUCGUAUUUCACAUAAAUAUUUAGUGUUCCGGACAGAAAUGUGUUAUUCCUGAUCAUUUCACAUUAUUAGAAGGUUUCCAAGUCUAAACAAUGUUAUACUCAGAUGGCAGCAGGACUUUGAACCCUUCGAAAGCGACUUUUCCAGAGAGAAUACUUAAAUGAUUGUGCUCGUAUAAAUCUAUUAUUGAUCUAUUUUUGUAUGAUACUUUCUCUCCAAUUUAAUUCGAAAUCUUGAUUCCGAUGUACUUCGGUACUACUAGUAGUAGAAAGUUAUCAUUAUCAAAGUAUACCAAUUUCACAAAUACAUGUUGUAAUUUCUGUUUGAUAUCUGAUUUAUGUCACAUAUUUUGUACAGAAUUUCUAUCAGUACUUGUAUAUAAUUACAUGUGUCAGAAAUUUCAGAACUAUUUACAUUUCUGGGUCGACUUGAGAAAGUCACUCAGAUUUAACUUAAUCAAACAGUUUUGUAUAACUGUAUUUCGUUAUAAACAUCUUGCACGUGUUCUAUUAUUCUGAAAUAUUUGUAAACAAUUUAUAUCAUGUAAAAUGACUUUUGAGUCGCACAUCAUUUUGUUGCCAAUGAAUAAAUAUUCUGUAUACCUUAGGACGCCGUUUAUUCUCAAGAACACCUGAUAUUAAUUGAUUUAUGAGUACCAAAAUAGAUGAGAUUUACAUAAAAGGAGAAGGAAAUAAAGUUACAAUUGUUAUAUAAUUGUGCAUAUAUCACAAUAAAAGUGCGUAAAUGACUUCUUUACCUUGAAAUUGUGUCUGUUGAAGUACGACAGAUGUAUAUAUUUCAUUCUGUACAUGUAUCACAUAAAUUAAUUUUCUGUUGAAAUGUUCUCAGUUAUCGCAGAUUAAAAUGAAUACAAAUAAA